GCGGUUGUCAUUGGAAUUGACGGGUAUUCAUACUACCCAUUGCGUGGUUGCGUGGCGGACACCUUAGCAGUAAAACAUUACCUUGAAGAAGACCUCCUCAUGCCAAAGGAGCGAAUCCAAAGUCUUCUUGGACCGGCGGACCGGAGUGACAAAUCGAAUGACACAUCCUCCUUCCCUUCCCGGGCAAACAUUCUAGCUGUCCUUCUCAGUCUCAUCACCAACCCAAACAUCGAGCACGGCGAUCCUAUCAUCAUCUUUUUCGCCAGACAUGGUUCUCGCUACCCGUUGUCAGAUGACGACGAUGAGCCUGAUUUUUUUGACGAGGUCCCUGAUGAUGAACGCUCUCGCAAAUUUGUUGAGGCGCUCUGUCCCAUGGACCGAAACACCCUCGACAGUAGUGGCACAUUUGUCCCUGAUAUCACUGACUGUGAGAUUAAUACUAUCCUCUCCCAAAUCUCUCAUACUAAAGGGCAUCGGAUCACUUUUAUCCUGGAUUGCUGUCACGCAGGCAGUGUCACUCGA